AUGGGGGAUGGCCCAAUCGCUUCCAUCGCCGAGCCCGGCAUCAAGGCUGAUGGUCAACUUCUGCACAAUAUGCGCCACGAGGUCGCGCACCUCUUGGGCCGCUCUCACAUCGGCUUCCCGGGCGCGCAACCCGUCAGCUUUGCCCGCAAGCACAUUGACGCCCUAAAGACGCAAGACUACUACGUUUGCGAAAAAUCCGAUGGCAUUCGAUAUCUACUGUACGCGACGACGGACGAAAGCGGCGCCGAAACACACUACCUGAUUGACCGCAAAAACGACUACUGGUUCAUCACAAACCGCAACCUGCAUUUCCCCCUCGAGAGCGAUGCGGCUGCCUUUCACGCCGACACGGUCCUCGACGGCGAGCUCGUGUGGGACAGCAAGACCAACGGCGGCAAGGAGCCGCGCUUCCUCAUCUUUGACUGCCUUGUCAUGGAUGGGCAAGUGCUCAUGGACCGCACUCUGGAUAAGAGACUUGCCUACAUCAAGGAGAGGUUCCACACGCCAUACAAGCGCCUGUUCAAGGAGUUCCCCGAAGAACUCAAGUUCCAGCCAUUUUACGUCGAGAUGAAGCCUUUCCAACUUGCUUACGGUAUCGAGAUGAUGUUUAAGCAGGUCCUACCCAACCUCAAGCACGGAAACGACGGGCUCAUCUUUACGUGCCGCCACACGUCGUACCGCCACGGCACGGACCCCAACAUUCUCAAGUGGAAGCCGCCAGAGGAGAACACUAUUGAUUUCCUCCUCAAACUGCAUUUCCCGACGGUCCAGCCCAACAGGGCGGAGCGCGCCAUAGGCAGGACGGAGCCGUUCGUCGACUACGAGAGCAUGCCCACCGCGGAGCUCAUGGUGUUCACGGGCGGCAACGGACCGGAGCGGUAUGAGCCCUUCCAACCGUUGUACCUCACAAAGGGAGAGUGGGAGCUGCUCAAGGGUCUUGGUGAUCCGCUGAACGACCGCAUCGUCGAGUGUAAUCAAGACGAUCAGAAGCGCUGGCGCCUGUUGCGCUUCCGUGAUGACAAGCUUGAGGCCAAUCACAAGUCCACAGUCAGCAGCGUUCUACAGAGCAUCAAGGAUCGCGUAACUCAGCAGGACCUGCAUCAGGCUGCUGGGCCGAUCCGCGACAAUUGGAAGGCGCGCCAGGCAAGGUCAGAGCGGAAGUAG